UCAACACAAGAAAACUCUAACAGCCCUUCUAACAGCCAGCCAGAUAGUCAAUAUGAUUCUCCUCCCAAAGGCUGGUCAGAAGAGAUGGAUGAACAUGGCCACACACAAUAUACCAGUGACUACACCAAUGAAAAGUGGGUAAAACAUGUAGAUGAACAAGGUCGGGCAUACUAUUACAAUACAGAUGGAACUCGGUCAGAAUGGACAUUGCCAAAACAAAAAGAAAUAAUUAAAAGCAGAAGUUUGGACAGGCGACUUCAGGAACCAAUAGUUUUGACAAAAUGGAGGCACAGCUCCGUUGUGUUGGACACAAAUGACAAGUUGCCAACUAAUUCUUCUGAACUCCUCUUGCCUAAUCCUGCAUAUUUGUUCCCAACACAUCAGGAGCAAGAUUCUCCAUUGCCUGCAAAGAUUGCAUUUCCUGAAAAUGAAUCCUCUCCUUCCUCACCAAAGCAUCAAACCACAGACCAAGAGAAGUAUGGAUUGUUAAAUGUAACUAAAAUUACAGAAAAUGGGAAGAAAGUCCGAAAGAAUUGGAUGUCAUCCUGGGCAGUAUUGCAGGGUUCCUCGUUAUUGUUUACCAAGACUCAAGGAAGUGGGACUGGUUGGAAGUUUGGGGUCAAUCAGUCUAAACCAGAGUUCACAGUGGAUCUCAAAGGUGCAUCUGUUGACUGGGCUUUAAAGGAGAAAUCUAGCAAGAAAAAUGUUAUUGAGCUGAAAACACGCCAAGGAAGUGAACUGUUAAUUCAGUCAGAUAAUGACAUUUCUAUUAUGGAAUGGUUUAAAGUUCUCAAUUAUGCUAUAAAUAAUCAGACAGUAGAGUCUGAUGAAGCAUUAGAUGAUGAAAUGCCAGAUUCUCCUGGGCUGGAAAAACAAGACAAAGAAAAGGACCAUAAAGAUUCCAAAAAACUUCGCUCACUAAAAAUAUCCAGCAGCAUUGAUUCUUCAGAACAGAAGAAGACCAAAACGAAACUGAAGAAAUUUUUGACCCGCCGACCUACGUUACAAGCAGUCCGUGAAAAGGGCUAUAUUAAGGAUCAGGUAUUUGGCUGCAAUCUGAGCAGUUUGUGUCAAAGAGAAAACAACACAGUGCCAAAAUUUGUGAAGCUGUGCAUUGAACAUGUUGAAGAACAUGGAUUGGAUGUUGAUGGAUUGUACAGAGUCAGUGGUAAUCUUGCAGUAAUACAGAAGCUAAGGUUCGCAGUUAAUCAUGAUGAAAAACUGGACUUGAAUGACAGCAAAUGGGAAGAUAUCCAUGUCAUUACAGGAGCUUUGAAAAUGUUUUUUAGAGAAUUGCCGGAACCAUUAUUCACUUAUAGUCAUUUCAAUGAUUUUGUCAAUGCCAUUAAACAAGAGCCUAGGCAACGUGUUUAUGCUGUAAGAGAUCUGAUUAAACAGUUACCAAAGCCAAAUCAAGAUACGAUGCAGAUGUUGUUCAGACACCUCAAGAAAAUUGUAGAAAACGGAGAGAAGAAUCGAAUGACCUAUCAAAGCAUAGCCAUAGUCUUUGGCCCAACUUUAUUAAAACCAGAGAAAGAGACUGGUAAUAUAGCAGUUCACACAGUGUAUCAAAACCAGAUUGUAGAAUUAAUCCUACUGGAAUUGAACUCAGUCUUUGGACGUUGAAUUUAUUAAGCCAGAUUGGCCUUCGAAGGACAACAACUUGGGCCUGACAGAAACAGCAUCUCAUUUAAAUAUUGUAUGUUUGUGGACCAAGCAGCAACUUGAUGUUUUUGCACUUUUGAGGGAGGGAGAAGAGCGUGAUUUAUUUUUGCUGGUUUUGUGGAAGCUAUUGAAUUUCUUUACAGUAAAUCUAUGGAUAUUUCGAAGUUUAUAUAAUUUUAGUAACACUUAAACUGAAGAUUUAAUAUAGAUCUACACACUGGAUUCCUUUGUGAAAGAAGCUAAUUUCUGUCAGGAUUAUCUAGAAUAGCAUUUUAAUCUUGAUUUUAAAAGUAAUAUUAGGUUCACCACUUGUUUUGGGGAAGUUGAAGUCUGUCAACUGACUUUGAAGACCUUUGUGGGCAUUUUUUAGUGAAUCAUUGUGGUACAUGCUCACAAAUUAAAUAUGCAAGAUAAUUCCUGUAAUUGGUUUACAGGUUUCUGUAUUAAUUUGACAGAUUAAACAAGUGCUAACAGUGGCCAGUGUAAAUCCUUCACAACACCAAGCUUUUUGCUUUAUGUUGCCAUUGAUAUUGCUGGAUUUAAUGCACAGAUUUUAGCUGGCUUUCUUAUCGCAUACUAGUAUUGCUUCAGACACUGAACUGGUACAUACAACCAAUGGAAGAUAUGCCACAGUCUGUGAUGGGCCUGAGGGUUCAGCAUUUUUUCAGGAUAUAUUAUUUGGGAUUAAAUCAUACUUAGUAAAUCUAACUGAAGCUUGAUAUUGUAGUGAAUUCUUGGUAUGAACCUUGUGGUAGUGAAAUCAGAUGUAAAUACACACUGAAGUCCUAACUGGGUAUUUUAUUUUUUAUUAUUAUGUGUAUACACUGUUGUAUACUUUCUAGUCCUACACUUUGAAUGUGUAGAUUAGUAACUGGUAUUUUGGUGUACCUCCAGUGGAUAUUCUGUUUCCACAGAAAAAUGGGUUACUUGGAAAACUGUGUGCACUUUUUAAAUGCUAAUAACAUCUGCAUGCAAAUAAUUCUAAUGCAAAUGGUACUGGAAAAAUACUGAGUGUGCUUGCUUUACAUGGUUAAUGCACUACAAGCAGAACCUCUGAUGUUAUUUAAUACAUACAGGAGCUAUAUUAGAUAAAUGUAUUACAAAUUCUAACAUCUAUAUAUAGCAGAAGCUUAUAUUUGAAUAGAUGGAUGUCUGGAUGUAAUGAAAAUGCUGAACUUAAGGAUUCCUUUUUACCUUAAUGAUGUAGAUUGAUUUGUAAAAUAGGUUUCAGAAGAUUUUGUUAUAGGAUACAUGGUCUGCAGAAGAUUUUUUAAUUGUAUUUUUCUAGACUAACUGCUGUACCUGACAUUUGCUACGUGGAAAUGAAAUAAAACUGUUAGCUGUUUGGAA